AUGAAAAAACGUCAUAUUACUACAUUACAAUGGCCGGCUAAUUUGACUGAUCUCAACUUGAUCGAAAGCAUAUGGUUAAUUGUGGACAAGAAAAUGUUAAAAUAUUCAUUUGAAAAUGUUGAUGAUUUAAAAAUAGCUAUGACUACAACAUGGAAUGAUAUUUCGACUGAUGUUAUACAAAAACUUUAUAAAUCAAUGAGAAAUAAUUUGAAAGAAGUUAUAAAACGAAAAGGUUUACCUUGUCAUUCAUAG